GGGCACUGGGUCAUCAGGCAUUGGAUCGUCUGGCUCGACAGUGGGCAUCGGGUCACCAAGGAUGACAGCGGGCACCGCGUCAUCAGGCAUUGGAUCGUCUGGCUCGACAGCGGGCAUCGAGUCACCAGGCAAGACAGCGGGCACUGGGUCAUCAGGCGUGAUAGGAUCAUCAGGCUGGAACAGUUCAUCGGGCUGGGUACAGACAUCAGGCUUGGGUAGAGGCAUCAGGCUGAAGUGCGGGUGCCGAGGCACCAGGCUGAACCACGGAAAGCAGGUUCUCAGACGGCAGGCUCACCGGUUUGGAUACUGGCAGGAUGGUACUGGUUGGGAAGAAUUUUCGCUUUUUUCUGGUUUUAGUUACCGG